GCGAUGCACCCUAGGAGGCGCAGCCUUCCUUUCCCCCUGAACUGUCAGCUCGUGAGGGUUGGAACUGCAGAUUAUGGAGGUGCAUCAGAUCAGAGUGACCAGCAGCUGGACUGUGCCUUGGACCUAAUGAGGCGCCUGCCUCCACAGCAAAUCGAGAAGAACCUCAGCGACCUGAUCGACCUGGUCCCCAGUCUGUGUGAAGAUCUCCUGUCUUCUGUUGCCCAGCCUCUGUAGAUUGCCAGAGACAAGGUGGUGGGAAAGGAUUACCUUUUGUGUGACUACAACAGAGACGGGGACUCCUACAGGUCACCAUGGAGUAACAAGUAUGACCCGCCUUUGGAAGAUGGGGCCAUGCCAUCUGCUCGGCUGAGAAAGCUGGAGGUCGAAGCCAACAAUGCCUUUGACCAGUACCGAGACCUGUAUUUUGAAGGCGGUGUCUCAUCUGUCUACCUCUGGGAUCUGGAUCAUGGCUUUGCUGGGGUGAUCCUCAUCAAGAAGGCUGGAGAUGGAUCCAAGAAGAUCAAAGGCUGCUGGGAUUCCAUCCACGUGGUGGAAGUGCAGGAGAAAUCCAGCGGUCGCACCGCGCAUUACAAGUUGACCUCCACGGUGAUGCUGUGGCUGCAAACCAACAAGUCCGGCUCUGGUACCAUGAACCUCGGAGGCAGCCUUACCAGACAGAUGGAGAAGGAUGAAACUGUGAGCGACUGCUCCCCACACAUAGCCAAUAUCGGGCGCCUGGUAGAGGACAUGGAGAAUAAAAUCAGAAGUACGCUGAAUGAGAUCUACUUUGGAAAAACGAAGGACAUCGUCAACGGGCUGAGGUCUGUGCAGACUUUUGCAGACAAAUCAAAACAAGAAGCUCUUAAGAACGACCUGGUGGAGGCUUUGAAGAGAAAGCAGCAAUGUUAAACCUCUGCUUCGUGCUAACCGGACACGCCAUGCACUCGGUAGAUCCUUUCUUAGAAAACUCGUCUUCUGCUCCCUCUCCCUCGUCCCCCCGAAGGUCACAGCCUGCAUCAUCUGCUGACCGCACAGCGCAUCCCCCCGAGAAUAAAGCCCGAUAAACACCCUU